AAUUAUAUUUAACAAAGCAUGCUAUGAAAGUCUCAAAAGUUUAAAACAAUGAGUCGACAACAAUUGGUACAUAAAGUAAAAACUAUAAUAUCGAUGACUCUUGGAGGCGGUGUAGUUUUUACUGCUUUGAACAUCUAUAAAGGCAGCGAAAAGUUUUAUGAUGAUGUUUUAAUUCCCUUAACUCAUUCUAUACUCGGACCUGAAAAAGCUCAUGAAGCUGUAGUUUUUAUAAACAAAUAUCGUCUACUGCCUAGAAGUCAUUAUAAGGAUCCAGAAAUUUUGAAUAGCAAGUUUUUAAAUUUACAAGUACCGAAUCCAGUUGGAAUAGCUGCCGGCUUUGAUAAACAUGGUGAAUCGGUGUUAGGUCUUACAGAUAUUGGUUUUGGAUUUGUUGAGAUCGGGUCAAUUACACCUAAACCUCAAGAAGGUAAUCCCAAGCCACGUGUUUUCCGUUUGCCAGAAGAUUCAGCUGUAAUUAACAGAUAUGGUUUUAAUAGUGAUGGCCAUGAUAAAGUUCUUGAAAGAAUCGAAAAACUGCGAAACAGUGAUAAAUUUGAUGGAAUUCUAGGCAUUAAUUUAGGUAAAAAUAAAGAAUCAGAUAAUCCGAUUGAUGAUUAUAUUCAAGGUAUUCAGAAAUUUGGUAAAUAUGCAAGUUAUUUUGUAAUAAACGUAAGCAGUCCAAAUACACCUGGCUUGAGAACUUUACAAAAUGAGGAAAAUUUAAAAGUUUUAUUACCAGCUGUAAUAUCGGCCCGCAAUCAACUUGAUGUCGAAAAUAAACCACCAAUAUUAUUAAAAUUAGCACCAGAUUUAUCACAAGAAGAACGUAAAUCUGUAGCGAGUAUUUUAAAAAAACGUGAUUGUCGUAUUGACGGAUUAAUUAUAUCAAAUACUACCAUUGCAAGGAACGAUUUGAAAAGUAUUCAUUAUAAAAAUGAAACAGGUGGUUUAAGCGGACGACCGUUGAAGGAGAAAUCGACACAAAUGAUUAAAGAAAUGUAUCAAUUAACCAAUGGACAAAUUCCAAUUAUUGGUGCUGGUGGUAUAUUUACUGGUCAUGAUGCUUAUGAAAAAAUUCGAGCUGGUGCAUCAUUAAUACAAAUUUACACUUCGUUUAUAUAUCACGGUCCACCUAGAAUAACACGAAUUAAGGAGGAAUUACAGCAGUUAUUAGAAUUCGAUGGAUUUGAAAAUAUAUCACAAGUUGUUGGGAUCGAUGCAAAGAAAUAAUUUAAUUGUUAGCAUGUUUCAAUCUCAGUGUAUAUACUGCAUUUAUGCACGGAGCUUUCAAAGAGAGCAAUGUAACGCUAGCUAAGUAGAGUAUUUAGAAUUUUUAACAUAAGUAAGAAUAACUUUGUCAUGUGGAAAUAAUUAAUUAAAUAUAGACUACAAUUCCAUGCUAAAAGUUUUCGGGUCAAACGACCCAUUAGGAAUCAUGUUGAAAAAGAUACGCCUAUAUGUAAAAGUAAGUUUAAGCACCAUGGCGUCAGUUUUGCACGGUAAAGGUAAGAAUAUGAAUAUCACAUCCUUUGGUUGCUGGAUACUAACUCUGCAUAAGUAUUCGAACUUAGAUAAAUAUAAAUCGUACUUAAAUAAAUCCGGUAAAAUCGAUACCGGAGUUUAAAAAAAAUAUUUGAUCUCCCGUCAAUUUCCGAAGCCCUAUGUGAUUUAUUUCUGUACGGUAUUUUUGUAACUCGCUUCGAAUAUUUAUGCAGAGUUAGUAUCCAGCAACGCCGUACAUAUUUACUGAUGCAAGGGUGAGAGACCAAGGGGUGUGAUAUUCAUAUUCUCACCUGUAAUCACCUGUACCCCGCAAAGCUGACGCCAUGGUGCUUAAACUUUUACAUAUAGGAGCAUCUUUUUCAACAUGAUUUCUGGUGGGUCAUUUCACCCGCAAAGUUUUAGCAUUUGAUUAAGUAUAUUGUUAAGAUAGAAUUAUCGAAAUUCAAUGUAGGCAUUAUGUACUUCAACGACUUAACGAAGUCAUAGCUUCGUUAAGUCGUUAAAGACAGCUCAAUGCUGCAGCAAGUAAAAAAUUUGUAAACAGUUUUCGUUAUAGAGUCCGUUCAGGUUCAGGUUGUAGAUUUGAGUGCAUAAACAUCAAAUAUUUACAAUCUUGGUUGGUCUCAUUUCAGUUUGAACGCACUCGCACUUUCGCAGAGAGCUUUGGACUCGACAACAUAUCCGUUUUAACUCUUCUGUAGAUAUGUAUAAAUAUAUAUGAUUAAAUUCUGAUUAAAUUUGAUGAUUCUCGCAAAAAUAAGGCUAGAUUAAGAGGGGUUGAGUUUCCAGUUUAUGCACGUUUGUUUGUUUAUUCAAAAUUGUAAAUAAUGAAAUAUACAUGGAAAAUUAUACAUACAGAACGCGAGGGAUCUGCUAGCCUGUAGAGAGAAGACUGUCAGUGAGUUGCCCUGUGUCCUUAUCAUAGUCAUAUGAUGCAUAGAGAUUUUGUGUCUCCAAUAAUGUAAACAAUAUAUAGCCAAUGACAUAGAUUAGACAAGAACAAAUAGAAAUUAACUGGCAGUCUUCUCUCUCAUUCGUCAUAUCGCAAAUUUUGGGCCAUGGCGUUCUCUAGUUUAAUAUUCUAUGGAAAUAUAGCGAUACAACUGUGCAACUUUUGUUCAUACAUUUUUUUCACAUAACCUCAAAAUUUAUGUGAAAAAUGCAAAUA